AUGUACAGCAACGGCUUCGUCAUGCCUGGUGCCAAUUUCAAAGUAAUCUCAGGUACCCCAAAAGAGAUCUCGAAGACUACAGACUGUGCAAGGACACUCACCAAUUGCUUUUACCCUGACCGUGGUGAGUGCCGGUCAACUCUUUUCACUUCAUUAUUCGCUGCUGCACAAACGAAAAUACUGGGAAUGUCGAAGUUCUGGUCGAAUCGGGUGAUGGGUACCACAAUGUGGCGAUACGGUGACGCUUUUGGAGGGAUUGACGGGAUGAGAGUGAUUCAGGCAGGAAUUGUGGACGACAUCGAUGCCAUCAACAACCACCAAUGUGAAAAUGAAUUCCUUGUUCCGAAACGUGCCACGUGGAUCCCUGCCCUCGAUGGUGUUCGUCAGGAUGAUGGAAUGCCACCAGCAUCCUAA